UCUACUCGCGCAUUUUACUUAAUUCGCAACACCACAACGGCAACAAAUAGAUAAACGUGUAUUUCGUUCGACUCGCAAAACAUUCCGCUUAUCUAUAGACGUCUAGAAAACAUAUCUUUCGUCGUACGCACGCACGUACACUUCAGCGUCCUCGACUCGUGGUCGUGGACAUCGGGUCAUGAAGGUUACAUAAAUAAAAAUAGGAACCGCUUCCUGCUUCCUGCCAUUCUGUCCGCUUCGGAAUGGUAAAACACUUCCAAAAGGAAAUCAAAAUCCCGUGAGCUACAGUACGGACGGCGAUGAAAGUGUUCUCAUGACGAUUGACAGCGUCCCCGGCAUCAUCCGUCCAUCGGAAGGUUGUCUGUGGUCUGUGGUGGCGGACAUUUGACCCGUGUCGCGUUUCAGCGUGCCUGUGUGGAGUGGUCAGAGUGUGUAGCGAAGGGGUCGAAUAUUAUCUUUAAUCACCGGGUUCAAUUCAUUCUUGCCUUCCGAAAUGCCCACACCCGAUGCGUGGUGCCAAGUGCUGUGAUCCGCGCUACCCGUAGCGUUAGAGUGUAGUAGAGUUAAGAAAAGUUUAGACGGCACGCAGCAGGAGACCGAACCGACUAGCCGUCGUGAUAAAGCAAACGUAAAACAUCAAAUGUAUUCCGGCCAUGAAUAGCAAUACGAUAAAGAUGAACGGCGACCAGAAAAAUGAAUCGUUCAAGCUACUGCAGCUAUCCGAUGACUCCAAGAGUCUUUCCGAUCUCGAGCUGGCGGAGGUGGUAUCGCAAAGAAAGCGUAAAGUUCGCAGAAAAACACGCCAACGGACAUCGUCAUACCGGGGGGAUGAUGAACGAAGCUUAGCCGGCCGGAGCGGUCAGAUUGAUUGUAAAAAUUUCAGCAUCUGGCUAGCGGUGGCAAUGACCGUGCUGUGGUUGUUCAUAAUUUCCUACGUCACUUCCGUCAUACAUGGUGAAAACCAUCGCCUUGAGCUUGCCCUACAGAAAGUUUCAGCAACUAGUCAAAAUGUUCCAGAUGCACUGCAGAAAUGGCAUGAAACGUCCAAAAACUUGGAACAAAAUCAAACAGCACUCAAUGGCAAGCUACGAGAAAUGCAGCAAGUACUCACAAACUUCUUUGCCGAGCUCAAACAACUCCGGGAGACGAUCGACAAGAAGAACGAAAACUCACAAGAAGCACAGCUUAAUCGCUUGCAGUCGAGUGUGGCCGACCUGGGCUCCAACAUAGGGGAUUCGAAUUCACGUAUCGGGUUGCUCGAAACACGCUUCGAUACGAUACAGGCCGAUCAGAAGCAGCUAAACAAAACGCUCGAAGAUCUCCAGAAACUAUUCAGUCGCAUUCAGAACAGUACCGUCGUUACGGAUAUUAUCGGUGGGGAUGGCAUGGCGAAGGGUAUGGAAAAAACGAUAGCCGAGCUGCGUGAUCAGCUUACCGGGCAGCUAAACAAUCUCGCCCAAAACGUAACCGGUGAGCUGCAGGUGUUAAAGCAGAAAAAUCUGUGGCUCGAAUCGGACCUGAGCAAUCAGACGAAGCGCAUCGAGCAGCUGUUUGAUAACACGGUGAACAUAUCCUCGCACGUACUAUCGAUCGAGGCCGUUUGGCUGGAGGCACGCAACAACGCAAGUGUGCUCGAGGCGGAUCGCAAGAUCAUUAACGAGCAGCUAGGCGCACUGGCGAACGUAACAACCGGUCUGCACGGUACGAUCGAAAAGGUGCAGGAAGAGUGCCAGCAGUAUCACAGCAAGCUCGACGAGGUCAGAGGGAAGCUCGGUGAGCUGCAGGACCAAAUACAGCAGAACGCGGCUAGGAAGGAAGCAUCGUUACAUCGAGCAGGCGAAUCAAACGGAACGGAACAGGUGAAGAAUGAUAAUUUGCCGCCCAAUUUAUCGCAAUUUUUCGAUGAACAACAAACAGCCAGUACGGCUGGUGCACGCACUUCUGCUCCGCCCAAACCGACCGCUGCUGCAUCGUCCAGCACCAGCACAACGAGUACUACAACAGCACCGCUGACUAAGCUGCUGUAUCCUGGUACGCUGGUGCAACAGUUAUCCACCACACCGCAACCAGCCAGUACCAAAAUGGCAGACGUGGCAGCACCCGCAAGUGGAAACACCAUGAGCAAAAAAUCUGAUGGACCUUUCGAUUCCGUAAUGUAAGCACGGGGUAGUGAUGAAAGUUUUAAUUUUGACGAUCCAUCAAUAUUGGAAAGAAAAUGUAAGAUUUCUUAGCAUGUCGAUGUUGUUGUGGUGAAUGCAAAUAACGUCCGGCAACGAAGUUGGCGCUACGUUCAUUGUAACGUAGCGGAUAACACCAACAUACAGCGCAUACACUCACUUUGCUUGAUGAAAGGAAGGUAAACCAAAGUUUUAAAUAGGACGGAUUGUGAGCGUAUAAGUAAGAAAGCAGAAUGUAUGCGAUAGCAAAGAGCUGAAACGAAAAUGACAACGUUGAUGGUUGAAACAUGGAAGGACAGGAAACUAUGAUAGAGUACUGAUGCAAGCUUAAUAGAGUAACAAAACCAAACAGUGUGAUUAAACGAGAAUCGAGAACGAAGGUAGAAAACUUGUAGCGGCAGCUUAACAAUGAUGGUAACGAGAGAAAAGAGAUAGAGAGAAAACAGCAUUGUCAACAAUAACACAACAAAACGUACCACAGAAGGAAAUUACUCAACAUACUGUUUGGAAGUUAAACAUUUCUUUUUGGUUUGAUUUACAAUUUUGCACUAAUUAGAAACACAAGUGUAGAGACAAAAGACACAACACACACGGUAAAAUGGUAUGUGUUAUUGAGCAAUCAAAUAAUAAGUCUAAUUUUCAACGCAUAUAGUAAAUAUCAAAUCAAAAUCGAAGAGUUUAAAGUGUGAAUGAAGAACGAUUGAAACCCAUUGAAUCCAGCAAAGAAAUUACACACAUCGAACAUGUCACGGACAUAUAAUAGUGGAAACAUAGAUUCUUAUGCACAUUUCCUCCAUAGUAGGGGUUUGUUUUCUAACGGAUCACACCACAUUUUUCUUACGCAAAUGUAGUUUUUCGCAAUUGAAAACAAUACACCACGAACGAACGAAAUCAACACAUUUGUUUAUGUUUACACACAUUACGAACGUUAGAGGAUGAUUCCCUUUAUUCGAUGGCGUGGUAAAAGUUGAGACAAAACGUUAACGACUGUUAAGCCAAAUCACUCACACACACACACGUACAUAUGAAACAUCAUACUUUCAGUACCUUACAAAAUUAUACAUUUGAUGAAACCAAAAGAAAACGUUUAUUCGUAGUAAAAAAAAACAUGGGAGGAUAAAACGUUAAAACCCUGCGUGGUGCGAGGC